UUCAGUCGCGAUUCAGUACUCGUAGAGCAAAGAGCUCCAAAGCUAAUUCGAACAAUAUAAACAUUAAUUGUUUUCUUUUUAUUCAUUUAAAAAAAAAGAAGUUAAUAAAUAGAAACGAAAAUCUAUCGACAAAAGGCAAUUGAAUUAAACACAACACAAAUUAUCAAACGAAUUUUUGGUGAUAUUUGUCAGUGCGAUUUAAGGCUAAAAAUAGAAACUUCGGGACAGUCCAGUCAUACGCGAGGUGAAUUUGACACGACCUUCUUUGCUGACUCGCGGAAUUAAAAAAAAAAAAAACAAAUUUCUUUGUGUUUGCCGCUGGCAUGAGACGUUUCCAGCUGAAAUAAAUAAAUGAACAAUUAAAAGUGAUCGAAAUCCAAUGACUUUUAAAAGUGCAUAUUUAAAAAUUGAAAGGAGAUAAACAAGAAAGGAAACAAGAAAAAAAAAACAAAUUCGAAUUAGUUUUCAACUCAUUUCUAAAGACAAUUUGAGUAAAUAAAUGAAAUCUGGCUUUGCGAAGUGAAUGAGAAUCGGCGUAAAAACCAAAAUAACAAAACGAAAUUUAAAAACUGUGAUUAAACUAGAUACCUAAUUGUCAUACGCGCGACGAUAAAUGUAUAUGAGUGCAAGUGCAUAAAUUGAAGAAGAAAAGACUAUAAAUUCCAUUUGAAUUCAACAAGCAAACCAAAACCUCGUCAAUUUCAUUAAGCGCAGCAUAGAUAUAUAUACAUAUAUAUAUUCGAGUCAAAGUCUGUUUUGAGCUCGACCAUUGUGUGUAACGAUCCAUUGAACUGAUUAAGUAAAUUUAUCAAACGUAAAGCGAAAAAUCCAAAACCUAGACAAAAUGGAGCGCGAAUCAAAUCCAAUGCAACCAAUGUGCCGUUCUGGAUGCGGUUUCUAUGGUAAUCCUGCCCAAGACGGUUUAUGUUCUGUAUGCUAUAAAGACUCACUUAGAAAGAAACAACAACCCCCCGUUAGUAGUACACCUGUUGUUUCAAGUCCGCAACAGCAAACACAACAAAAUUUCAGUUCCCCUGCAUCGGUCACUCACACAGCACAGCCAACAGUGCAGACUUUGCAACAACCACACAUUGAAACCAACAAAGAAAAACUACCUGAAGCUAGCGCAAGCGCAAUUAGUGAAAUAGCCGGAACUUCCAUUAGCGAUGAACAAGAGGACAAAGAUGGUGACAAGGAUUCAAAGAAAAAGAAAAACCGUUGUGGCAUCUGCCGUAAGAAGGUUGGAUUAACAGGUUUUCAAUGCCGAUGCGGUGGUCUUUAUUGCGCCGUACAUAGAUACAGCGAUGAACACCAAUGUACGUACGACUAUCGAGAACAUGGUGCCCAGGAGAUCCGUCGAAACAAUCCUGUAGUUGUCGGAGAAAAAAUUCAAAAGAUUUGAACUCUUGUGCCAUCUAAUUAAUAAUUUUUAUAACAUAUAUUAUUAAUAAUAAAUCUAAAAUACAAAAAAAAAAUUCGAAA